AUGCAGUUUGUCUGGUUUCUCCACUCUCCAAGACUGUGGCAGCUGCCCUGCUCUAUGAACCAUGUGGAAUUCUGUCAUGUGAGUGAAACGCUAUGUCGGCACGCCUGCACGGGCUUCAAGUGUUGGUGUGAUGAGCCGUCCUAUUUGUUGAACGUUGGAGGCGUAAUUGGUGUUCAGAUACGAAAAUCGUGGAGACCAUAUGGAAUGAUGUCAACUAUGUAUGACAGCCGUGGGUCUCUGUCAGCGAUUGGAGUGGUCGCGGUGGUCCACUGGUCUUUGAUAUACCCUCCUGGCCUCGCUAGUGGGCGCGCGCAAAGCCGGAAUCUUUAG